CCAGAGGACAGCUGGGGGGAGAUCCGAGAGUGCCCUCCUUGCUCAGCACGCGUCCUGAGUCCUGCCCAGGCACCGUGAGGAGGGGACAGACCCAGCAAGGCUCACAGAAGCAGCUCUAGAGAAGAAGUAUUUGCAACAGGGGAAGUAAACAUCUGGGCAGGAGCCAAUCUAGGAAGCACUUGUUUUCUAAGGGAACGGUGACUCCAAAGGGUGGAAGAUGCUGGAUAAGGCCACCCUGCUCCUGUUCAUGCAUUUAGUUGCAUGCUCCAUCUCCUCUCCUCUCUACCCAGCUCUCAGGUACAAUCCAGGGCCAGUUGCUGGCAAGGCCGUGAACUUCCAGCUACAGCACAGCAGCCCUUUGCAGAGCCAUAACCCCUUAGCAGAGGAACAGAAGGAGGAGGGUUUGUUAACAGACCCCACUGAGAAAAGGAUGCAGCGCCAUGCUGAUGCUAUAUUCACCGACAACUACCGGAAAUUCCUGGGGCAGAUUUCCGCCCGCAAAUUCUUACAGACCAUCAUUGGCAAGCGGCUUGGAAGCAGCGAGAGCAGCCCAGGAGAAGGGGUGCACGAAUUUCUGACAAGGCGCCAGUCUGACAGCAUCCUGAUGGACAGCCGCUACCACCAACAGAUGGUACUAAGGGACUUCCUGGGAGCCAUUCUGCAGAAUCAAAGGCCUCAGGACAUCAUCAGCAGUCGGUUAGAAGGCUUUCCCAGCACCUUGGCUAAGGUCAUGUAAAUACUUCUCCCUUUUUCAUCUCCCCAUGCUCUGAAUAAUUCAGAGCUCACGAAUCUAACUGUACAGUAAGCCCUUCACAGCAAUGAAGACAUUCCUGGAUGUGACCAGCUGGAAAGUGAUGCAUACACUCCUCAGAUCUGUUCAAAGUAACACAGUUCUGAUGCACUACUUAAUUUACUUCAGUCUUUACAGUUUAACUCCCCUCUCUAAAUACUGGUCUGUGUAUUGAAGCAGAAAAAAAUACCUCCGUGGUUUAACCUCAGGCUGCUUUACGUACAAAGACUAAAACAACCAGUACACUUGUAAUCCUGGGGACAUACUGUCUACUAAUUAAGACUUUCAAAUCACGAAGCAUAGCAAAAUUUCUGCCAAGUCAUCAUUCUGUUUGAGGGCCUGAUUAAUAAACAUGAGGCCACCAAAAGGCACCUUUAGGCAACUUAGUAAAUUGAUUACAGCCUCCUCUAAAUAGAUGCUGAUGGCACAACCACACAUGCAGCUCUGAUCAGGGUGAGGCAAGACAUGAAUCCACACAUCUACCACCCAUAAGAAAUGCUGCUGUGGGCUGCUGCUGUCUAGCUCCUUGAUACAGAGCCCUGGAAGAAAACUGAACUCCAAAAAGCUCAACUACAGUUACUGCUCAGCCUUGAGGUGUUCAAACCAAAGCUACACCUCUGCAAGACCUAAAGGAGAUCCCUGUGCAUCAGAUUGGGCUGUCACUAUGUUUUAAUUUAACAUGCCAUCCAGUGGCUCUGAACUCCACCGUGGCUAGACUUACAACUGUAUAUGUUUUCAAAGAAGUAAGUUAUUAACCCAGUGAUCUCAUACAGCUACUUCCUUCUCUGUCACCCCAAUUCUCCUAUUGUUUGUGUAAUAAUUAUGUCUUCAGAAAUGUAAAUAACAUCAGGAUGGGGUCUGCUUUCCCAUCAUUAGCAGGAAAUAAAAGUUGUUCUAAAUAAACCUGUCCAACAGCAGGUCAAGAUGGCUUUUUGUCUGUUGAGAAGUUAGUUUCUUGAUUCUGGGCCCAGAAUGGAAGAUGUCACUCAAAGACAGCA